AUGGCACUCUAUGCUCAGCUGGUCACAAAGUCGCGCCAAGCAUCUAUGGGCGAGGUCGAGUCGACUAUCCGUCGACGAAGAACAUUGGACAAUUUGGACAACGAUACAGUCGUAAUGGGGGAUGUCGAAACUAUUGAAGAUUCAAUUGGAUCAGACAGUGACCGUCAAUUUGUCGAGUGUCUGAUCUUUGGAGCAAGGAUGCUCUGCAGACUUCCAGGGGAUGUGGAAGAUAUAAAGACUGCAAGCAAUUAUCUUGCCAGUGCUCGGGAUAUUGUUUCACAAAGCACAAGUCUUGGAACAGAUAACGUUUUGAGGGCACGUCUUUCUUGUGCGGAAGGGGUUGCCGAGUUGACACUGGCACAUAGAGAUGCUGAUCCAAUUACACGACCUGUUCUUAUGCGAAGUGCUCUGAACCACCUUGGCUCAGCUGUUCAGCUGAACCCAGCCUCUCCCGACGCGUACUAUCACCUAGCGAUAGCGUUGAUACAAGCUGGACCUACUCGAGACGUUGAAGCCUCGGUACAAGCCGCGCAACAUGCCGUCGAAUUAGAUGCGUCCGAUAUCCGGUACUGGCACCUGCUAGGCCUUGUUUUGUCCGCAAGUGGACAACACGCUCAAGCCCGCAAGGUUCUCAUCAUUGGUGAAGAACUCGAGUUGGACGGGGAUGCUGAAGGUACUGUUGAAGAACCCACAGUAGCCACCACUUCAGACUCGGUCCUUGGAGAAAGUCAAUCAGCUUCGCCUACUCAACCUGAAACAUUAAUCCCUGUUCAUCAAAAGCACUGCCCGACACCGUCAAAGAUGUUAUUACCGCCUCUAGAUCAUCCACAGCCCAGCAAGGAGGAUCUCUUUGAACACGGACUACAACUGCGAAUGACGCUUCUGUCCCUCAUUGAGCUCGUCGAUGGUGCCGAGGUGGCAAGCGUCAAAUGGGUAGAGGUGUUUGCCUGGUUUGCAGAACGAGGGGGAUGGGCGCAGCCCAACGAAGAAAGGCGUGCAUCCUUUGACCUACCUCCAAUCAACACCAUUCCGCCUUCUGAUUCGGGUCAUGAAAGUAAUGAAGACGACCCCUAUCCACAGCGUACUCGGUCUGCUUCAGUCAGUGAUGUAUCAACCAGCGGUCUGCCUAUCACUGUGGUUCCUCCACAGCCGAAGGACCAGGGAGAUUCGGACUCCGUCCAUACAGUGCGGCUGUCGAGUGAAAAGGAUGAAGAACAGAGUAUCUCGCGGACGAAAAAAGCACAAAGAAUAAUAAAAGAGCAAGUCAAUAAACGGCAGUCCCAGAUCCAGACAAUAUCCAAGAAGCUUGGUCGAAGCAAUACGUUACGGUCUCAGAUGUCUCGAGCGAGUUCAACUCCAGAUAUUACGUUGCUGGCCGAAAACAGUCGUCUGUAUCAAGCUUCAUCCAUUCAUUCAAGACAACGGAUGUCACCAAGGGCCUCCUAUAUCAAUACUUCUCAAUCACCUCCGCCUCGGACCCCGCCAGCACCUGCCCUUGCGGAUAUUGUCGAGCAGCGGUCGGCUAGGGAAAAGCGCCUGAUCUGUGAGCUUUGGCUGACAUCUGCGGCGACAUUCCGAAGGAUGGGAAAGCUGGAACAAGCUCGCGAGGCCGUUCAAGAGGCAGAAGGACUAGACGAGGGUCACCCUGGUGUCUGGGUUCAGUUGGGAUUGUAUUUUGUGGCAAACGGGGAGUCGUCGAAAGCUAGAUCGGCAUUUCACAAGGCUCUGGUGAUCAAUCCGGACUACAUUCCCGCAGUAGUUCAUCUCGCGCAGCAAUAUCUUAAGCCAGUUGCGGGGCAGACAGUGCCUGCCUUGAUUUCCAGUAUCAGUCGCGCGAUCCGGCUGGAGCUGGUUAAAGAUGGUGUUCAAGCCUUCAAAUUCAUUCAAGCGAACCUGGUCCUACCAAAGAAGUCAGAUGUUCUAACGGCCGUAGGCCUUAUGAAGCCUCUAGGCAUCUUCCCCAAGGAUCAGUCCGUAUUACAACGGUCUGCUGAAGUCGACUUUAUCAAUCCCAUUGACGGAUUGACGCACAACGUCAUCUUGAAUUGGGACGGGGCUGCCUGGAAUGUAAAGGAACAUAAAGUACUGCCUGAAGGAGUUCACCCACAGAUCACCCCAGAAGAGUUGAAUGAAGCGGAUGAGGCAGUCAGACGUAACCCAGAAGUCAUCAAGCUUGCUGCAGAAAUCGGCACGUCGUUCGCAAUCGCUAAUUUACAUGCCGAUGGAUGGUCAAUCGGUUACGAUGAUCGGUUCCCUGCAAAGAGAAGGCUGCAACAAUGUCUUCUCUUUGCAAGAUAUGAACCCCACGAAAACCUGUAUAGCCACCCGCUUGAUUUCUUCCCAGUACUGGAUUCCAACACAUUCGAAGUCGUCCAUGUCGACUUUGCGGCGCAUCGAACUAAGUCUGAUAACAAGUUAUCUGCCUCCACUACCAAGCCGUUGGAGCUCGCGGCGGAUAAUUUCGAUGCAUGUGGCCGAGCACGUAUUCCACCGCCAACAAAGCGGUUUGAAUACUUGCCGGACCGUACGGGCCUCAAGCUGAGAGACGACUUGAAGCCCCUUCACAUUCUCCAGCCGGAAGGCCCCAGCUUCAAGGUCAACGGUCACAUUGUUGAAUGGCAAAAAUGGAAAAUGCAUGUUGCCUUCAGCACUCGUGAAGGGAUUGCCAUCUCAACGGUCUCCUACAAUGACAACGGGAAUGUUAGGCCCCUAUUCUACAGGCUUUCUCUUGUCGAAAUGGUGGUUCCCUAUGCAGAGACUGCAGCUCCUCACGCACGCAAGUUUGCAUUCGACGUCGGGGAGUAUGGCAUGGGUACUCAGGGGAAUGACCUCUCUCUUGGUUGUGAUUGCCUGGGAAUGAUACACUACAUGCCUGGUAGUUAUAUGGGCCACUCCGGAGAACCAAUCACCAUCAACCGUGCAAUUUGUAUCCAUGAGGAAGACGAUGGACUCCUUUGGAAGCACACCGACUUUCGACCGGGGGGACGUGCGCACUCCGUACGGAGUCGACGACUCGUAAUCUCCAUGAUUGCGACUGUCGCUAAUUACGAGUAUGCAUUCUAUGUCUAUAUUUAUCAGGACGGCUCGGUCUCAUUUGCGAUUCGACUCACCGGCAUCCUCAACGUCUACGUUCUUGCUCCCGGAGAAUCAUCUGCUCCGUUUGGGACUACGAUCGCACCACAGAUCAACGCACAUUACCAUCAACACAUAUUCUCUUUUCGGAUCGACCCGUGCAUUGACGGCUUGAGAAAUACGGUGCUUGAGACAGAUAUUGUACCACUGGAGGCACCCACGGGCUCUUCAGACAACUGGGCCGGGAAUGGCUUUACGACCGAUGAGCGAGUGGUGAAGACGGCCAAAGAAGGAGGGCGAUCAUAUGACUUUGAGAAGGAUAGAAGGUGGACCAUUGUCAACACCUCAAAGACUCAUUAUGCCAGUGGAAAACCGGUCGGUUACGGUAUCAUGGUUCGCGGAGCCUGCACAACCCUCAUGGCCAAAGAGGACUCUUGGAUCGGAAGAAGAGCCAAAUUUGCCACCAAAUCUCUUUGGGUCGUUAAGGAUGACGAAAACGACCCCCGAAUGUGGCCCGCUGGCAAAUAUGUGCCACAAACGAGGGAGCAUCCUGCAGACUCAGUGGGAUAUUGGUGCAGCGGAAGUGAUAGCCUCGAGAAUGAAGACAUUGUAGUCUUCCUCACGAUGGGAAUUAAUCAUAUCCCCCAUCCUGAGCAGUGGCCGGUCAUGCCCGUGGAGAAGCUUGAAGUCUCGCUCAAACCCAUCAACUUCUUUGAUCAGAAUCCUGCUCUCGACGUACCGUCGGCUCCUGAUCCAAAGAGUGUACUCGCGUUUGCUGGGCAACACGGUAACGAAACGCAAGGAGCACCAGGAGGGACAGGAUCAUGCUGCUCUUGA